AUGUGUACACAAGCAACAACUGGCAACGCCGACCACAUCGACGGCACCCCCACCUCGGGCCACAACCUGCAACACCUCCGGGACCAGCUCAAGACCACUGAAGACAAGCUACACGUCCUGGUGACGCCACGGAAGGAGUGUGAAAACUUUACCGACGCAGACUGGGAAGUCGUGAAGAUGAUUAGAGAUCUCAAUAUGGAGAUUAACCGCCUGAACUCGCAUAUCCGUGAGCUCGGGGUGGAGCAUCUAUGGCAGGUUGAGCAAGAUGAAAUUGCGCAGGGCGGGGUUGGGCUAGGGUACGCAAGUUAUGAGGAUACGGGGGUGCAGGAUGGUGAUAUGGAGGAGGGUGGGGUGUAUGUUGAUGCUGUAGAGGGUAUGGCCCGUAGAGUCAGAGAUAGGGUUUGA